GGGCAAUCGAGCUGUGAAUUUGGGAGUCACUUCCUAAUAUCUAGAUUUAUAAAAUAAAUUCGAGGAAGAAGACCCUAUUUUACAUCAAUUUGAUCAUAACAAUAGACCUCAUGCAUUAUACUUUGGUAAUGAUCUAGACCUAUCCAAAUCUUUAAAUAGAAUCAAUAUGAAUUCAUUAAAAUAAGAAACUUAGGAAGUCCCUAUUUUAAAUCAAUAGGAUGAAGAUGAACCAUAGAUUAUAAAAUUAACUUAAAAAUAUUUACAUCAAAUGAAAAUAGACUCGAAGCAGAUAUUCAACUAUAAGAAGAACUUUGAAAAUGAAAACGACCUUUUCACUACCAAUUUGGAUUCUGCUUAAGUGGAAUCAUUUUAAGAUAACAUUUAAACUUAAUUGGAAAAGGCAGAUUAAUGUGAUGGUUUUGAAUUAAUCAUCGAUUGUGAAACAUGUUAUGGCGAGAUCGGAUUGAAGAUUGUUGAUUCCUUGAACGAUCUCCAAGGAAAUAGCAAAACUCCUAAAUUAGUAUUUUCUAUUGUAGAUUCCUACAAUAAUACAAAAAAUAGAAUUAUUAACAGAUCAUUAACUUUGACUCAAUAUAAGGAGAAUUCUACGUUAUUGAUACCUCUAGAAAUGAAAGAAAUGCAAAUUCAUUCAAAUCAAUUAGAACUUAAUUAGUAGUACUCCUUCAUCAUCAACAAUAUACUCUCAGCAUACAAAUGUACUCAAGAAUAUGUGAAUAUGCAUGAAUUCUGUAAGAGAAUCACACCAGUUCCUUAAAAUAAUAUCUUCAAUGUUUUGGCUUCAAUUCCCUCACUUUAGGAUAAGCCAGAGGAUAACAUCUUGAAUUACAAGCAAGCCAAGAAUUUUGAUAGGUUUUACUUUUCAUAAGAAAUUAUAAAUUUGAAUUCAGAGAGGGAGUCAUUUGGUGAGUCAUAUUUUUUAAGAGGUAUUUCACCAUUUCCAAAUGAAAGAAAUCUAAAAUCAUAUGGAGUAGACAUCAGAAUUCUGGAUUAUAUUUAUUAAGUGCCUUAGAUAUAUGAUUAUAUUGAAUUGUUACCAUUUCAUAGCAGCAUUUUUAGUAAUGAGAGUUAUAAGUUUACGAUUCUAAAAUUAUACAAAGAAUUAAAUAGCAUUAAGAAAAUGGGAUUUUUGUAAUAUGAAAAGUAAUCCUUUGAGGAUGAUUAGCAAUUGAAAUAUGAUUUGUAUUAAUUGAUAGAGAAUUACGGUGGUAUUGAUGAAGAGGAAUAAUUGUGA